AUGUCAGCUUCAGCUUCAUUAACUAGUAACACCACUACCACCAAUAAUAACAGCAACAACAAUAAUAAUCCAAUACCUGCUUCUUUGAUGGCACCCAUCCAACCGAGUUCAUAUGUUGGUUUUGAUUCUAUCACUACUCAAAUCGAACAUCGCUUAUUGAAAAAGGGAUUUCAAUUUAAUAUCAUGGUUGUUGGUCAUUCUGGUUUGGGUAAAAGUACUUUGAUCAAUACGCUAUUUGCAUCACAUUUAAUAGAUUCCUCGACAGGGUUGGAUAUCACUAGAGAACCUAUCAAGAAAACUACAGACAUAGUUGUUUCCAAUCAUACUUUAGUUGAAGAUAGAGUUCGUUUAAAUAUCAAUGUUAUUGAUACACCCGGGUUCGGAGAUCAAAUCAACAAUAGUAAAGCUUGGGAACCUAUAGUAAAAUAUAUUAAAGAACAAUAUUCACAAUAUCUACGUAAAGAAUUAACUGCUCAACGUGAAAAGAGAAUAAAAGACACAAGAGUGCACGCAGUAUUGUAUUUUAUCCAACCAAAUUGCAAAGGCUUAACUGAGUUGGAUAUUGCAGCUUUGAGAAUAUUAACUGAAAUUGUCAACGUUAUACCAGUAAUCGCCAAGAGCGACACUUUAACGAUCGAGGAAAGGCAUAACUUUAGAAAGAUCAUCCAACAUGAAUUUAAAAGCUACAGGUUUAAAAUUUAUCCAUUUGAUGAUUAUUAUGAUGACUUGACACAAGAAGAACUAGAGCUGAACGAAAAUAUAAGAAGUGUCAUCCCGUUUGCUGUUGUUGGCUCUGAAAAGGAGGUCGAUAUUAAUGGCAAGUUAGUUAGAGGCAGAAAAACAAGAUGGGGGGUAAUUAAUGUUGAAGAUAUGAACCAAUGUGAAUUUAUCUAUUUGAGAGAAUUCUUAAUAAGAACACAUUUACAGGAUUUGAUUGACACCACUGCUUCUAUCCAUUAUGAAACCUUCAGAGCCAAGCAAUUGAUUGCUUUGAAAGAGAAUGCUAGUGUUCGUAAUAAAUAG